UGUGCUUGGUGUGUAUCCGUACCCCAUACGGAUACUUCGUACAAAAAAGUAAAUAGUGCCUGACAGGGCACGGGAAACGGCAACUUUUCAGUCUCGAAGAAUGCAAUACACUGCCAGGUUAUACCAAAUUACAGGCACUAGCAAAGUACAUACCUACCACCGUCCCUUUGGAGACUUGCAACAACAAGAUACAUCUUGGUACAGCUCAAAUACGGGAAUCGAGACUUCCGCCUUGCUGGACAUGGCGACUUUGUCUUCUGCCCCCUCAAGGCAUACCAAGCAAUCGCGAGAGCUGAGGCAGGAAAAGACGUUCAAGAAGAUCGCCCUGACCGCUCAAGUCGCUCCCCUCACCGACAACCUCCUCAUCCUGCCACUAGCAAGCGUCGUAACCCGCACCCAGGAUCCCGUCAGCCCGUCUCUCCUCGGUCACCUACCGCCUGGCACCCAUCCCAUCCUGCGCCAUGUGGUAGCAUCGGAGACACGAGGCCCGUCUGGGACUCUGAAUCUUGCCCGGCUGGAAAGGGGCUGGAAGCAGUCGAGAACACCGUCACCACCAUACUUAGUCUGUGUCAUCUCCAGACUCCAGGCACGCUACCCCAUGGCUUGGACGGAUCAACGGCGGUUGAGCUCUCGGAGAAUGCGGGGAAGAAAACCUUCUUCAUCACUUGGCAGCCUGCCUCUAGGAUCAUGGGUGUCGCUCGAGUCGUGUCGUCACAAGCGUGUUCCUCGUCAAAUGCUUGCAUUCAAUGGAAAAAAGAGGCAAAAAGGAGCAGGGUCAUUGGGGACAGAUGCAGGGCUUGGCACCCUCAAAUCGGUCUCCGGCAUUCAGACCAACUGCCAUCGCUGAUUGCCGUCAUGCGCUCGGUAAUACCCCGAUAAAUGACAUUGGGUACUCGACAAUGUCACAGUUCAAGUCCGAGUUGAUACAGGCUGCCAGCCAGUUAGUUCAAGGCCCCCUUGUUGCAAAACAAUUACGGCUCAUGGGAAAUGAAGUGAGCAGUGACCAUCUCGGUUCCGCUGGCAGACUGACGAAGGACACAGCUCGGCUCGAUUGGUG